UUCUUUUUAGUUUAUCAGGCAGAUGGUUAUAAAAACUCGGGGUGUUACAACAUACAAUGUCCUGGCUUUGUUAUUGUCACUCAGAUUCCUUGGAUUGGAAAAGUGUUUUCUAGAACCUCUAUUUACGGUGGUAACGAAACAAUUUCUUUCACACCGCAAGUAUUCCAGGAUGGCUUAAGCGGAAACUGGGGAUUAAAAAUAUUCAACGAUGUAGUUGGUUACUGGCCUAAAGAAUUAUUCACUCAUCUAAACAAUGGAGCAUCUUUAUUACGUUUUGGAGGAAAUACAUUUAUGUCUCCGGAUGGAAUAAGUCCUCCCAUGCGAAAUGGACAUUUUCUGGUUAUCGAUUUUCAGAAGAGUUCACAUUAUCUGCAUGUCAAAGUUAAGAACUCUAACUAUCAAUUAGUUGAUAUUGAAGACAGUAAAACAAGACGUUAUUCAGAUUCGUACCAGUGUUAUAGAUUAUCUUAUUGGGGUUAUGUGAAAUCGAAUGGAGUAUCCUUCUCCUUUGGAGGUCCAGGUGUAGACUGUGGUACUUGA